AUGAUUAUUAUUUGCAUUGAUGAUCCGCAGAACCUUAAUUAUGUGACAUAAUCUGUUGUGUACCUACUUGUAUUUGUCUUAAUAUUUUACAAGUAUUUCAAUUGUUUUGUUGUGUACCAGUCAAAAUGUUUGGAUUGUCAAAAGAUUAUAUACCAAAAAAUAUCACCGUGAAAAUUGAUAAUAAUUUGAAACACAGAACUUAUAGUAAUUCUUCUCAACCUAUGCCUUGUAAAAGACGUCAUAGCAGUGUUACAAGGUAUGAUGGUAGUUCAGAUGAGCGAGAGUUAUCCGAAUAUGUACAUCAUAGAGCUAGAACACCACAAAGUCCUAGAGGGUCUAGGUAUUCAGAAAUUGACAAAUUUGAUCGAUCUAGGGAUAUGGAUUGGCCGCAUAAUUCACAUCACACAUAUAAAGUAUUGUGUGUUAGUGCUAUACAUCCAAAAGCAAGUGACGAACAAGUCAAAGAAAUUUUAUAUAGAGAAUACCGCAAAUUUGGUGAAUUAUCUGUUAAAAUAUCACAUGAACUAGAUGAGAGAAUGGCAUAUAUUUGUUUUUACAGCUCAGAAGAUGCUAAAGAUGCCAAACACAGUAAGCCCAGAAUAAAUUUGUUCGAUAAAAUUGCUUUAGUUGCACCUGUUUAUGAAAGUCGUAGUUCUAGAGAUCAUCAUGAACCAAGAGCUAGAUGUUCACAAUCCCAACAUUUUUCUCCAGAUUUUGAAAGAUACUAUCCUGUUCCUACAGAAGUUCAUAGACUACAUCCAAUUGAUAGGUUAUAUGAAAAGUUACCAUAUGGUGUUCUUCCCUCAAUGCGACUGCCACCAGUUUUUCGAGAAAUAGAGUUACCACCAUUACAUCCACGUGAACUUAUGAUAUCUCGACAACAAUUAUCGCGUCAUAUGGAUCCUAUUCAUCCAUUUCGUUCAUUAUAUGGCCCAUCAAGACAUCUUACCCGACCAUUUAGAUUAUACCCUUAUCCUCAUUUGAUGACUUACAAAAAAGAUAAAUUUCCUAACUUUUUACACCAUAUUCCACCAGAAGAUGACCCGUUAGCUACACGAACAUUGUUUGUUGGAAAUUUAGAAUUUUCUAUUACUGAUGGAGAACUUCACUGUCUAUUUAGUAAAUAUGGAGUUGUUGAGGAUAUUGAUGUUAAACGUCCAUCUCCUGGAAAAGGAAAUUCAUAUGCAUUUGUUCGUUAUCAAAAUUUAGAUAUGGCUCAUAGAGCCAAAGUUGAAUUAUCUGGUCAAUAUUUAGGCAGAUAUCAAUGUAAAAUUGGCUAUGGAAAAUCUAUACCAACACAAAGGAUAUGGGUUGGUGGUUUGAGUCCUUGGACAACACUUGCUCAUCUAGAACGAGAAUUUGAUAGAUUUGGUGCUAUAAAAAAAAUUGAGUAUACCAGAGGUGAUAUUUGUGCCUAUAUACAGUUUGAAAGUAUUGAUGCAGCAACUGCGGCUGUCGAUGAAAUGAGAGGAGUGUCUUUAGGAGACCCAGAAUAUAAGCUGAGAACAGAUUUUGCUAAAUGUGACUGUGACAGUCCUACAUUAACUUAUUCAACACAGUCUAAGUCAUCUCAAGAUGUUGUUGAAUCAACUGCUGGAGAUUUACAAGAGCAAACAAGACAAAAUGAAUGUACAUUUGGUUGGCCAGAUAAUGAGUAUUCUUUGUAUAGUACAAGAAUGUAUCAUAAAGAUCAUACAGAAAAUAGUGAAGRAAGCAGAAAAUUUGGUAGUCAUGAAAAUAAUCCAUCAUUCAAACAGCAUUCUGUUUCUGACAUUAGUUCUUCUCAAUCAUCACUUCACCAAUUGAUUGAUAGUGAUGUAGAAUCUUAUAAAGACGAAAUACAAUCUGUAAGUCCUUUAGAUUCUGUCUAUACAUUAGAGCAUUUGGCUUGUAAAUGUUCUGAUACAUGGCAAGGUAGUCUUGUAUUUAAAGGCUCUCAAUUCCCAGUUAAAUGCCAUUUAACUUCCGGUGAUGCAAAUGUCAUAAAAUCAAUGAUGAAAGAUAUAGAUGGUAAAUCAGUUUUACGCAUAACUCAACGACUACGUUUAGAUGAGUCAAAGUUGGAAAAUGUUUCUACACAAAUUAUGACUGCUAAUAAGCAUGCUAUAUUUUUGGCAAUGCCUUAUUUUACCAACUCCAUUUCUAAUGAUGAUUCAUUUGUACAAAUUAAACCUUUAUAUAAUUUAGUAUCCUAUUUAAAACAAAAAAAAACUGCUGGAGUAAUAUCUUUAAUAAGUAAAGAUCCUGAACCAGCUGGUGUAUUGUAUGCAUUUCCACCAUGUAAGUAUUCAGCCAAAUUAUUGAAACAAAGUGCAAAAAAUUUAAGUAGUGAAGCAUUAAAUGAUGAUCAUUUAGUUGUGUUAGUGUUAAGUGGAAAUAUUUAAUAAGA